AUGGGUGCAAGCGUUGAGGUUGAACAAUAUGGAAAAGCCAUAGUAGUACUUAAGAAUCUAGUGAAAGAAUUACAUCCAGAUCCCAAAACUCAAGCAAAGAUUUUAGGUCCUAGUGGCUAUUAUGAUGAGAAAUGGUUUAAUUCCUUCUUAGAAGUUUCAGGACAUGAUGUUGUUGAUGGAGUUAUACACCAUAUCUAUAAUCUUGGACCUGGUGAUGAUCCAAACAUGAUUACCAAGAUUCAAGAUCCAUCUUACUUAAAUCAGGUUGCCCAAACCUAUAAAGGUGUUUUGAAUAUUGUCAACAAGUUUAAACCGCAGUCGGGAGCUUGGGUUUCUGAAUUUAGCGGAGCUCUUCACGGCGGUGCUAAAGAUUUGUCCCCAACCUUUGCUGAUGGAUUUUGGUAUCUUGAUCAAUUGGGAAUGGCUUCAACCUACAAUCACAAGGUCUUCUGCAGUGCACUUCUAUGGCAUCGGCUUAUAGGAAGUACUAUACUUGUCGUAACUCAAGAGUCUAACCCAAAUUUGCGUGUAUAUGCUCAUUGUGCGAAGAAAAAGCCUGGGAUUUCUAUCAUUUUUAUUAACUUGUUGAAAGAUAGCUCGUUCAACGUCACCCUUUCAAAUUACGAGCACCAAAGUCAUAAUUUGAGAUCCACGGAUGUUGCGAAGCCUAAUUUUGAAUUUAGAGGUUCCAAGGAUAGAGAGGAGUAUCAUUUGGCUGUGCUAGCUGGAAAUAUACAAGGUCAAAUUGUGUUGUUAAAUGACGUUCCAAUGGUUCCAACAGAAACAUUCGACAUUCCGACGAUGGAACCAAAGCUUGUCAAUGCUUCUACGCCCAUCUCUAUUACAGCUCAUUCCAUAGUCUAUGAAGUUCCUCCACAGUCCAACUGUUCACAGAGCUUCCCGGUUCGUAAGGGCGAAUGCCCUCAAGGUUUCCUUGCUCCUUCAUUCUUCUCUUUAGAGAUUAUCAUCUCUCUUUUUACCCUUUCUUCCCAUAUCAUCUUCAUCGGCGUUCUCACCUCAGCAACGCCUUCCUUUACUCUCCUCUCACUGGUUUCACCAAUGGCGUUCACUCCUUGA